UUUUUUUAAUAAAUAUAAUAUACAAUUUAUUCAGAAUUUUAUAACAGGAAAUAUACACUGUACACUAAGGUUAAACAGAUAAGCAAGCAGUCACAUACAGAAUUCAUCAAAGCCGUCUGAACAUUGUUACAUUUGACAAUACUGCGUAUACUUAAUGUCACGAGAGUCCAUAACUGCGAAAAAACCAGUUUUCGUUCUUUUCUGCGCAUUGUCGCUCUGAUUGGCGAUACUUCCAGCGGAAGUGGAAAGCCAUUGGCGGAUCGCUUUCCCCCACCAUCGCUGCGUUCCCCCACCAUCUUCCAACCUGCGCGCUUAGUUAUGGACUCUCGUGACCUCAAGUAUAGAUUAGAAUGACGUUAACCGUUCUAAGGAUGUGAGCGCGAGAAAGUUAAUUUCAGAUAUUAUAUGAAAGGAUUUUAUAAAUAAUAUUAAUAAUGGCAGUUAAAGAAAAACAAACAGAAACUUCUGCCGAUGAAAUUGAAUGGAAUGUCGAAAAUGAAAUUCAAUUGUUCUUUGCUAUGAAUGGACAUAAACCUGUUGGAAUAAAUAAAUAUUUCCACAUGAUCUGUAUAUGGGAAAAAUUUCGUGCUGCUAUUCAUAAGGAUGUAUCACUAAAAUCUAUUUGGGAACAUUUAGAAUCAAUGUAUGAUUUGAUGGCUCUGGAUGAUAUGGAAGAUUUACCAUUUCCUAGUCAAGAAACAGACUUUUCUUUACCAGAACAAGACUUUUUGGGACCACUUAAAUCCAGAAAGAGAGAGGAACCAGAAGUAAAAUUAAAGGAGCAAAGAGACAAAUAUAAAGAGAUUAAAAAAGAGAAAGAUGUUAAAGAUCUUAUGAAAAAGGAUAUUGUUCUUCGUGAUCUUAAAGGAAGCAAAGAUAUUGAUAAAAAAAAAGAAGAAUUUAAAAAGUAUGUGAAGGAUAUGGAAAUGAAAAAAGAUAAACUUAGAGACAUUAAAGAUGUUAGGAAAGAUUAUAAAUCUUCUAAAGGAAGAUCAAAAGGAAAAGAUGAUCUUGACGAAGCAGCAUCAAAUGGAAAAAAGGAACGUAAGGAUUCUGAUUCGGGUCGAGAAAGCUUAAAGAGGGGUCCGAAACGACCAACCAGGCAGAGUAUGGAUAACUCGUCCAAAGCAUCUUCAAGUCCACGCGAUACACCUCCACCAAAACGUAGAAGGAUAUAACAAUUUCUUUAAAGUUCAAGUUGUUUGUAUUUUAUACUAUGAACAAACAUAAUUCACAUUUUAAAGUAUAAACAAAGUGCAGACUGUGUACUUCUUUCACACAAAGGUAUAUGAAAGAUUAUACUCAUUUUAUAAAAAACUUAGCAUUAAAUCAUUGUAAAUAUCACGCUAUGUAAUGAAGUUAAGAAGUUAAACAUAUUAUGAAACAACAUGUUAUUAAACACCCUAGUUAUUGUAAAUUACAGUAUUUAAUGGACAAAAAAUGACGAAAAUAGGAUAAAAUAAAAAAUAAAUAUUUUGUUAGGUA